CGACCACGUGACCCCCGCGACCCCGGCCCGUCCCAGCCUCCCAGCGGCUCGACGCAUGCGCAGUACCUCCCUGUGAGGGAGGAGAAAAGAUGGCGGAAGCGGGCUUCAAAAAUACAUGAUCGAGUGGAAGUAUUCAGAAAUGUAACUAUUGCUGAGAGAGCACCAUAUAUGAAUGGCUGGAAAAACACUGCACAACUAUGGAGAAUGAAUCAAACACAACAACGUGUUCUGCAUCUACAACUACUAGCACCACCACCUCCAGGACACAGCCACCACAAAUAUCUGUCUACAGUGGUUCUGACCGACAUGCUGUCCAGGUCAUUCAGCAGGCCUUGCAUCGUCCCCCUAGCUCGGCUGCUCAGUACCUUCAGCAGAUGUAUGCAGCCCAACAGCAGCAUCUGAUGCUGCAGACUGCUGCUUUGCAACAGCAGCACUUAAGUAGCACCCAGUUUCAGAGUCUGGCAGCUGUUCCACAGGCAAGUCUGUCAGGUGGGAGGCAGUGUACAUCCCCCACUGGGAGUGUCACUCAGCAGUCAAGCAUGUCACAGACAUCGAUCAACCUCUCCACCUCUCCUACACCUGCGCAAAUAAUAAGUCGUUCACAGACCUCCAACACUACUAGCAGCAGUAUUACCCAACAGACUAUGUUGCUGGGGAGUACCUCCCCUACGCUGAGUGCAAGCCAGGCUCAAAUGUAUCUCCGAGCUCAGAUGCUGAUUUUUACUCCCGCUACCACUGUGGCUGCUGUCCAGUCUGACAUUCCAGUUGUCUCAUCUUCCUCAUCUUCUUGUCAAUCUGCAGCAACUCAGGUCCAGAACUUGACAUUGCGUAGUCAGAAGCCGGGGGUAUUGUCCAGUUCCCCAACUGGCCAACCAAAGAGCAGUAGUCAAGCUCAGUCUUUGGCUCUGUGCCCUAAUAAAACUGCAAUCAGUACCAAGGGCAGCCAGCCAGAUCCUGCAGAAAGCAAUAGAAAAGGAGAGAGCCCAACUUCCGAGAGUCGAAGUACACCUGUCACACGGACAUCCAGCAUACAUCAGUUAAUAGCACCAGCUUCAUAUUCUCCAAUUCAUCCUCAUUCUCUCAUUAAACAUCAGCAGAUUCCUCUUCAUUCUCCACCUCCAAAGAUAUCCCACCAUCAACUGAUACUGCAACAGCAGCAGCAAGUCCAGCCAAUUGCUCUUCAGACUCCUCCCAGUCAGGAACCACCUCCGUCACAACACUGCGUGCCACUCCAAAGCCACUGUCUUCCUCCAGUUCCCAACAGUGUCCAGUCACAACAUUGUUCUCCUGUUCACAUCCAUCCUCCUCCUUUAACAGUAUCUCCUACUCCAUCCCAGUCAGCUCAGCAAUCGGUAGUAGUGUCUCCCCCACCUUCUCAUUCACCUAGCCAGUCACCCACAAUAAUUAUUCAUCCACAAGCACUUAUCCAGUCGCAAACAAAUCCUCUUGUGCCAUCUGCUCUUCAGUCAGAGCAGAAUCCCCAGCCGACUGGUAGUCCAGUACGACCAGUAGCACAACAGCUUAAUCUUCCAUCACAUCUUCCACUUCCACCUUCCCCAGUAGUACCCAUUGGGUCAGUGGAUCAGCCCACCCUGGUGUCCCCAGGUCAGCAGAUAGUGUCUUCAGCACCACACCAGCAAUAUCCAACCUUACAGUCCGCACCAAUCCCAAUUGCAGCCCCUCCACAGCUAUCAGCAUCUUCAACACAGAUUCAACAACUGCCCUUGCAGUCUGUGCAGUCUUUACAAGUCCAGCCUGAAAUUCUAUCCCAGGGCCAGGUUUUGGUGCAAAAUACUUUGGUCUCAGAGGAGGAGCUUCCUGCUGCAGAAGCUUUGGUCCAGCUGCCAUUUCAGACUCUUCCACCACCGCAAACUGUUGCAGUAAACCUUCAAGUACAACCACCAGUACCUGUUGAAGCCCCUGUGAUUUAUCAAGUGGAGAAUGUGUGUGAGGAGGAAAUGCCAGAUGAAUCUGAAUGUGCCCGUAUGGAUAGGACACCUACCCCACCAACUUUAUCCCCACCAGCUAUAGUCUUAGGGAAUGGUGAGGAACUUGCCUCAGAGGAAGCUUUGUCAGAACAAGUGGGACUUCCUGCAGUGGCUUCUUCAGUGAGUGCCUCAGUAAUUAAAUCUCCAUUAGACCCUUCACAUACAUCUAUUCCACCGCCUCCACUUCUGCUUCCAGCAGCAACAACAAGGAGUAACAGCACAUCAAUGCCUAAUAGCAUUCCUAGCCUAGAAAACAGACCUCCACAGGCUAUUGUUAAACCACAGAUUCUGACGCACGUCAUUGAAGGCUUUGUAAUUCAGGAGGGACUAGAGCCAUUUCCUGUAAGUCGUUCAUCUUUGCUGGUUGAACAGCCUGUAGAAAAAAGGCUUUUAAUGGAGGGUCAGGUCAUGAGUGUUGUGUGUGUUGAGUCAGAGCUACAGAAUACAAAACAUGCUGACAAUUCCUCUGACACAGAGAUAGAGGACAUGAUUACAGAAGAGGGACUAGAUGAAAUCGAGAAUGAACUCCUAAAGUGUGAGGCUUGUGGAAAAAUGGGAUAUGCUAGUAAAUUCCUACGGUCAAAGCGAUUCUGCUCCCUGUCCUGUGCCAAAAGGCACAGUGGUAGAUGUGCUAAGAAAUACGGACUAUUCUCAUCAGACAAAUCCAGUCGUUGGAAUCGGAAGUCAGAUAGCCAAAGUCUUGGACAGCGUGGGCGUCGACCAACUGGCCCGGAUGGGGCAUCACGAGAGCACUUCCUUAGACAGCUUCCAAUUACUUAUCCAUCUGCAGAAGAUUUGGCUUCUCAUGAAGAUGCUGUGCCAACUGCUAUGACCACUCGGCUGCGACGACAGAGUGAGAGGGAAAGAGAACGUGAACUUCGGGAGCUCAGGAUAAGGAAACUACCAGAGAAUAUUGACUUGCUACCAGCUGUGCAAGCUGAUCCAUCAGUGUGGACAGUUGAUGAAGUUUGGGCCUUUAUACAUUCUUUGCCUGGUUGUCAAGACAUUGCAGAUGAAUUUAGAGCACAAGAGAUUGAUGGACAAGCUCUCCUCUUGUUAAAAGAGGAUCACUUAAUGAGUGCAAUGAACAUAAAGUUGGGACCUGCACUGAAAAUUUGUGCACGCAUCAACUCAUUGAAGGAAUCGUAGUGGGAACGUGAUGCUUUAGAUAACAGCCUCUCUCUUUGAAAGACCCAUACAGUAAUAAGCCAGUAUCUACACUAUGGCAUGACUAUUACUGUGAUAUUUUGACAAAGUUUUUUUCAUACAAAGACUUUGAAAUUAUUUCUCCAAAUACACCAUAUAAUCCUCCCUACCUUCCAGUAAUUAUCAGGCUUAUGGUAAACCAUUAGCAAGACUGGGGAAUCAUUCCAGUAAAGUGGAGGGUGAGGCAGAUUAAUGAAAACAAAAGUAUAAUAUGUUGCGGUAGAUGAAACUAUUCCCAAAAUGUUCUUUAUUAUACAGGUUUAAGAUUUUUUUUUAAACAUAAUCUGAUGGUCAUUUAAAUUAUGUUAAUAUAUUCUGAAAGAUACAUUUUCCCAUGUAGAGAGUUUUUUAGACUAUGGAAUAACAGAAGAGUCCACAGAGUCUGUGGAAGCACUGAUUAUGGUAAAAUGCUAUGCAUUUAGUUGUGCUCUCUGAGUUUCUUUUAAUCUUGAGCCUAUUGUUUGAAGGGAAUUUUGACAAACCUGUUCUCUGAUAGGCUAAUCUUCUGUUCUAUAAAAUCUAGGAUAUUCAUCAUAAUCCUCGUGUAUGCAAUGCUAGACCUACUGAUUUGCGAAUGGCAUGACACUCUUCCGAGAGAGUACAGAAGCACAUACGUUACUUUUAUUGUUUGUAUGCUGCUAUGCACUAAGAGGGCAUUAAGUUGUUAUACUUCUUGCUUUGCUUGCUGCUAGGUAACUUAGACCAAAGGAGUCAACACACACAUGGGCUGAAAGGAAAGUGUGUCAAUGUGUGGCUCCUAUUUAACAAAUGACCCUGUAGUAGUAGUAGUAGGCAACUCUCAGUCCUUCUGGAGCAUGGUGUAUGCAUCAGAGGUCACCAGGACCUUCCACACACAUGCUUAGGCAGGAGUGUGAAGGGUGCCCAGACCUUCAAUCUCCCUUUAGACCAUUGAGACGGAAUCCAAAGGCCAGACCAAGUACAGAUGUUCGGUACCUUGAUGGCUGUAGCUAUGUGCACAUCCAGGAAUAAAACCCAGGUCUCUCACAUGGCAGAUAAGGAUUCUACCACUGAACCACAACAGCAGGUUGAGCAAGUUAAAACUACAGAAAAAAAUCUGUCCUUAAGUAGAUCUAGCACUGUUUUUCUCUACAGAUUUUUGCAGGUAUCUUCUAGAGGUCAACAUUAGAGCUCCUGCUUUGCAUUAGAAUCUCCCGAACUUCAUAAAACAGAGAUUUCAGUUCUGAUAUUUUCUAUCAACCCCUAAGGCUGCAAAUUAGGGUUGCACAUGUUACCUAUUAAAUGCGAAAUGUAUGAGGAGAGCUCUGAACCCAGAGCACCAAAGGAUUUAGGAAAGAGCUAGCAGCUGGGUUUUUUCUAAGCACUUUCUAGAUUUGUUGUUGUUUUGUUUCCCCCACAUCCAUUGAUGUACAGAAGAUCAGUCUCCCUUUCUUUUAGUUGAUAUGGUUAAUUUUGAAGGUAAAAUGAGGGAGAUUUUGAGUUCUGGUGUAAAGCAUUUCUGCUUUCUGAUUUCUGGUUUGAUGAGCCAGUAGAAAACUACAGCUCUCUCAGCUAUGGUUUUAUCAAAAUGCUUAUUAUUUUUAUACAAAAAUAUUAUUGGCUAAUUUUUAAUCUUUUGUUUGUGGUGGUAUACUUUAUAAUAUCAGACAAAGAAUAUGGAUUACCUGUGAAUUAAUAAUGACAUCUGGUAUGUUAGGAACAUGUGGUCUUGUAUUGUGGAUACUAUCUUCUACACCUACAGUUUAGUGUAAUGUUUUGUGCAUGUUAACUUCAUUUUUAUUUUGAUUUAUUGGCUAGAUUUCAGAAUCAUUUCGUCAGUUUGUUAUACAGGACUGAAUUAUUAAGGGAUUGCUAGAACCUCACAGUCAUCCUGGCUUAAGCACACACUCCUUCUUACUCUUGAUGUUAUAUAUAAAUUCUUUAUAGAGCUUGCAUAACCACAGAACACUCACUACUUCUGCUUUAAAGCUUAAUGAAUGGAAGAAAUGAAAAUGUAUGCCUUGCCUACAUCUAAAUGUUUUACUGCUUCAGCUGUGUUGGCAUAAUUAAAGCAACAAAAAGCCCCCAGAUCCCAUCAGGCUGCCUCUGGACAUUAUGGGUCUGUGCCUGUACACAUGCUGAAUACAUGUGAAGUAAGCCUGCUCUAAGAUGUUCCAGUUAGAACAUGAUGGAGUAAACUCGAUUAAUUAGAACGCUCCAGCAGCCUUGCUGUCAUGUGUAUUCAGCAUCCCGGCACUUCAAAAUGGCAGCGAGAGUGCUUUAACUAAAGCUUGCUGAAUGAGUUUUAGUUAAAGCACCCCCACAACCAUUCUGAAGUGCAAGAUGCUGAAUACACAAGAUGCUGAGGGAAUUUUAAUUAGAGUGGCUCCCGAGAGCAUGUGUAUAGACAUGUUACACUAAUAUUGUAGUGUUACAAACUGUGUAGCACUCCAGAAUAAUAAGCAAUAUGGACCACAUGUUCAGAGGUCCCUGGCAUGCUCUUCAGCCAUGGAGCCUAUCAGUGAAUUGCAGGCAGGCUCACUGACAGGUUUGCAAGCCAGGUUCCUAGGCAGCUUGAAAGCCCACCUUUUCUUGAGUUUCCAAGGAGCCUUUCAAAGGUCUUGAUGCUUUAAUGGGCUGCAGGUGCCAUCACUAUUAUCCCUUUAAACUUCACAGGCUGCAGGCAUCCCCCUCACCCUUACUGUUGGGCAGCAAAGGUGAAUUGCGUUCAUAGAUUCAUAGAUGUUAGGGUUGGAAGGGACCUCAAUAGAUCAUCAAUUCCAACCCCCUGCAUAGGCAGGAAAGAGUGCUGGGUCUAGAUGACCCCAGCUAGAUGCUCAUCUAACCUCCUCUUGAAGACCCCCAGGGUAGGGGAGAGUACCACCUCCCUUGGGAGCCCGUUCCAGACCUUGGCCACUCGAACUGUGAAGAAGUUCUUCCUAAUGUCCAAUCUAAAUCUGCUCUCUGCUAGCUUGUGGCCAUUAUUUCUUGUAACCCCCGGGGGCGCCUUGGUGAAUAAAUACUCACCAAUUCCCUUCUGUGCCCCCGUGAUGAACUUAAAGGCAGCCACAAGGUCGCCUCUCAACCUUCUCUUGUGGAGGCUGAAAGGGUCCAGGUUCUCUAGUCUCUCCUCGUACGGCUUGGUCUGCAAGCCCUUAACCAUACGAGUGGCCCUUCUCUGGACCCUCUCCAGGUUCUCCACAUCCCUCUUGAAGUGCGGCGCCCAGAAUUGCAUGCAGUACUCCAACUGCGGUCUGACCAGCGCCCGAUAGAGGGGAAGUAUCACCUCCUUGGAUCUAUUCGUCAUGCAUCUGCUGAUGCACGAUAAAGUGCCAUUGGCUUUUCUGAUGGCUUCGUCACACUGCCGGCUCAUGUUCAUCUUGGAGUCCGCUAGGACUCCAAGAUCCCUUUCCACUUCCGUGCCACCCAGCAGGUCAUUCCCUAGGCAGUAGGUGUGCUGGACAUUUUUCCUCCCUUGGUGCAGCACUUUGCAUUUCUCCUUUCAAGUCUCUGGUGGCAGCAAGGGCUGAGCAUCUCCAACACCAGUGGUUUCAACAGCAACUUCUUUCUCGUGGAUCUGCCACUUUUGUCCUGGGACAAAUUCCUUUUAACUUGUGGCAUGUUACCAUUUGUUGUGGGACACUCACGUAUAUCCUACAACAAAUAUAAUGUCUGGAGGGAGCUUUAUAACAAAAUCCUCACAUCCUUCUAGCCAUAGUUAUGCUGGAAGAAACUUUUCAAAUAUAGACCAAGGCUAUUGCACCACUUCAUGAUUUUAUUCUGUACCCAGAGGAGCAUUUGGAAUAAAAUCCAACUUUCCUAUUCUUGGUAUCAGUCAUCAACUGCUAGAAAGGACAAAUAAGGUCCCUUAGAACGUCGGAUGCAAACAGCUACAGAAAAGAAAUGGUAGCUACUAAAGGGAGUAUUUUAGUAGGUGUACAGUAGCCAUAAUCCUUUUAGAUCAUAUUGGGGUGACACAUAGGGGGUGCACGUGGGUGCAUGUGCACCCCCUGUAAAAGGUGCCGCCAACACUGGUGGUGUCUGCAGGCAGUCCCUGAUAAAAAGUAUCCUGCCAAUAUUUUACUCUUUCUUCGCUUAAAGCCCUUAGUGUUACUAACUUUAAUAGGGCUACUCAUGCUUUAAGUGAAGCAUGUCCACAAGAAUUGACAGGAUCCAGGCCUGGAUCAGUAUUAUUUGAAGGAGAGAGUUGCUGUCACCAUUUCAGUUGGGAAUUUAGUACUCAGUAACUGGACAGAGCUCUCGGCAUUGGCUACUUUAGAUUUCAGAUAAUGACUCCUGAAUAGUGUUUAUUUUACAGAAAGUCUGUAUUCUUAAUAUAUGCAAUUGAUCAAACAAAAGUAGGAGCUUUGGUUUUCUUUAAAAUAACUUUAAAUAAAUUAUUCCUAUUGAAUUCUGAGUAGACUUUAGGACUGAAAAGAUUUUCAGUCUGAGAUGUUAUUAAUUAUUCCUGUGUAAGUAAUUGUGAUUUAUUUUAAAGUUGGUUUUGCACUUUUGAGCUAUAGUUUCAGUCAAAAAUAUUUUAAAGAGAUUUAAACUAUAAGAAACAAAGAUACAAACUGUAGAAAUCAUUUAAGCUAAGCAAACUUGUAUGUUUUAAAGGAGCUGGGGUUUAAUCAUGAGGCUUUCCUUAGAGAUAAUGGGUUUUUUGGGCUAGAUCUAGCAGACUGCUUUGAAAAUACAGCAUCAUUUUUUUUUAAACAAUAUUAAUCCCAAUAUUAUUUUCAAGCUCUUCUGUACACUGAAAUGUUGAAGCUGUGUUUGAGAGGUGUCACUGUACCCUUAUACUAAAAAAAAAAAAGUAGAUUUACAGACUCCUCACGUGCCAUGUCUCUAAACAGAAAACUGUCAUUUUUGAUUGAUAGGGUAGGAUACACAUGCAACUGACAUGGAUAAAACCUUCCCACUGCAGGUCAGAGAGCAGUUAAUAUGAGAGAAUACUAAUGAGAUACAAAUUCAGAGCAAGAUCCAUCUACUUCCUCAAUCAAGGGAAAAACAUAUGCCCAAAUCAUAUAAUAAUUAUACAGAAACAGGCACAAUAUUCUUAUUAAAGCUCUGCAGAUUUUUCUCACAUUUUUUAUCUGAAGAGCUCCUUGUUGAGUUAGGUUUACCAGUGCUAUGCUCAAGUUAUAAAUGCAGUAAUAUAACAGGUUUGAAAAAUGGAUUUUUCUGGGUUUUUUCAUUGUAGUGACAAAAUAUGUUAGUUUUUAAGCCUGUGCAAAUAGGGAAGUAUUUGAUUCGGAUUCGGAGGACAGUGAUUUGAUUCAGAGAUUCAGAUCACUGCCCUGAAUUGAUUCAGCCGAAUCAGCUUCAGAAGUUUCGGUGCUGAUUCGGAGACAUUCAGUGAUUCAGUCAGCUGGGGAGAGGCAGGCACAACUGGGUGGCUGCAGGUUCUCCCAUGGCUUCUCUGGCUGUGCCUGCCUCUCCCUGGGUCGGGGGAGCCAUGGGAGAAGCCCCCAUGGCUGCCCUGCCCAGCCCCAUCCCCUGCCCAGCCCCAGCCUAGUCCUGGUACCUUAAAAAAAAACAACAAAAAACACCCCACAGUGCACAGGGAGGUUCUGCCAUGAGCGCCCAGGGGCACCAGGCAGCAGCAGAGUAGAAGCCCUUGCUCCCAGUGCUGCCAUACCCACAUCAGCACUGGGAGUGGGGGCUCUGCCCUGCUGCCAGCUGGCACAGGGGAGUGCGGGAUGCGAGCACGGCAGCACUGGAAGUGGGGGCUGUGUCCUGCUGCCACUUGUCCCCUUCUGCCUAGAGUGAGCCGCGCCUGCAUCCAGCCCCCCACCCCGGCUGGGCAAGCGGCAGCAGGGCAGAGCCCCUGCUCCCAGUGCUGCUGCUCCUGCAUCUUUUAUCCCCCUGCCCCUCUCCCCGAGUAAUGCCCACCCCCGCUCUGGUUGGGUAGCCUGUCCCAGCCCCAAUCCCUCCCAACCCCAACAGACUUAGCAGCUGGAGGCAGCUGUCAGCUGCCUGUUUAGUCUGUGGCUGAAUCUCCGAAUCAGCUGAAUCUUUUUCUGAAGCUUUUCCAUAUAGAUUCGGAUGCUUUGAAUCAAUUUGGAGCUUUUACUUGGUCUCCUGGUUUGAUUCGGAUUCGGAGAUUUGGUCCCUGAAUGGGACUGAAUCUCUUCCAAAUCGAAUCGGCUACUGAAGCUUUACACAGCCCUAUUAGCUUUUGUUUUUUAAAGAUACAUUUAAAGGAACAGCCAACGUUUAAGCAUAUCAUGCCCGACUAAUUUGAUUUCCUUCUGACAAGGUGACAGGCUCUGUGAAUGGGGGCAGAGCAGCAGAUGUGAUUUUGGGGGUGGGGACAGGCUGUUGAAACUCUCUCCUAUGACAUUUUCAUUAAUAAGCUAAGGAAACCGACUAGGUGAAAGUGCUGGAAAGUGGAUACAUAACUGGUUGAAUCCUCUUGUUCAAAGACUAGUCAUCAAAGACUCAAUGUUUAGUUGGGGGGAGAGGUAUCAAGGGGGGUUCCCCACUGGUCUGUUCUGGGUGUAGACUUAUUUAACAUCAUUAAUGAUGUGGAUAGCAGGUUUGCGUGCAUGCUUAGUAAAUACGCAGAUAACAGUGCAAAUUUGUGCAGCCUGCAUGGCCCUGGCAGGGAGCUGGGGCAGGCUGGAAGGAGCUGCUGGGCUUCCCCAGGCUUUGUAGUGGUAAAUGUGGAUGCGAAGGGGUAGGGCAGGUGGACUUGGGGUGCAGGCAACUCUUGAGGGGCAUGUCAGAGUACAGGCUGAGGCAGGAGCCCUGUUGUGAUUUGGGGGGUGGUUGAGUAGUGGCAUGUGGUAGCAGUGAGGACAUCUUUCCUUGACUGAGUGUCCCGCUGGCUAGUUUUGGUUCUCUUGGGAGAGAGACUUUAUUUUGAGCUAUUUUGCAAUCGCCUAGAUGUACACUACUCAAAAAAAAAUAAAGACAAAAAUAUUUUUUGAAAUAAUAUAUCUUAUAGUAAAUCUUUGAGUUUUAGCAUAUGAUUCAUUUAUUAUAACUGUUAAAAUGUCUUUGCCAUUAAUUUUAUGCAUGUGGCUCUCAACAGCUCACUAAAACUUGUUAAGUGGCCCUCCAGCCAAAAUAAUUGCCCAUCCCUACAGUAAAGUCAGCAGAACUCCCAAAGACUUCAUUGGGUACAGACUCAGCUCUUUAAUGAAGUCAAACAUGUGAGGACAUGAAAGUACUGCUGAAUUGUGCACUACAAAUUAGCUUUAGUGAGUCAUUGCAGUGGUAGCAUUUAAAAGUCUUCUCUCAUUUUUGGAGGAUUAUGACAUAGUGAAAUAAGCUGUAAUUUGAACCAUAUUUAACAUUCCGCUUACUGGGUGAGUUUGAACACAGGAAAGGAGUGUUCUAACUGUUGUGAUGACUAUAUGGUGGUUAUAGGGUCAUUUCUUUUACAUUGUUUCUUUAAAAUGUAAUUGAAGAAUAUACUUGCCUGGAUUUUUUAAAGGAAAGGAGAAUUUCACUAACUUCUUAACUGAAAAAGUUUUUAUUGAGGUAAGAUUUUGGUAUUUUUCUUGAAAUAUGAAUGACAUUCUGAAAUGUUCUAAGCAGAUUCAACUCUAGAGUUGAAUCUAAUUUAUGAAAGAAGAAUUUGACUCUUUGUUUAAUUCCUACGCUCACGAAGCUUGUUCUGGUUUUUCAGAGCUAGCUCUAUGGGUGGGGUGGGUGUGUGCAUGUGUGUGUUCAUUCACUGCACAAUUAACCUGGAUGUUUCUGUGUAUUAGCUCAAACCCCUUAACCUUUCUCAUAGAAAACCCUCUAACCUGGAUCUGGAAUGACUCUAAGCCCAUGCUGGUUUAAUGGGAGGAACUAGUUAAAAUCCAAAGUCCUCCUGAACUGAGGCAGGAGCCUGCCCACUUAAAGGAUGCAGACAAAAUCACUUUGGGGCACUGAUAUAGCUCUAGCACCGUUCCCAGGCUAGUCACCCUCAAAGAACAGUCAGGUUUUUGCUACUGGGUGGGCUGCCUCUGAAACAGUGUAGCCUCCUCUUGGAAAAUGCUUCCAGUGGGCUAAUUAGCUCUGGAAAGUGCCAGAACCAGUUAACUCAUUCUUACUUUAAUUAAUCCAGAGGUAUCCACACUAUUUCCAGUGUAAGCUGGAGCACUGUGGUGUGCAUCAGCAUACCAGUAGUAUGUGCUAAGAUUUAUGGACAGAGGUUCAUGGGAACCUGCAUCUUUAGGCAUGGACGCAGGGAGGCUACAGUAACACAGGCAGGACUUUGCUGUGGGCAAGCUUGUACUUGUGCUAGGUUAAUCUGGAUGUUUAUAUCCAGCUGUUGAAGGUAGCUGUGAGAUAAAGAUGUUACCCUCAUUCUCUGAGAGUAAUGAUGCUGAUUAAAUUUUUCCUUUCCUAGUAUUCCACCAGUGUUCAGGAGAGGUUUUAAGUUAUGCCAUAUUUCUUCUCCCAACAUUACUACUUACUGUAUAUUCAUGAUGCAAAAGCACACUUCCCAGGCUGUAUGUACCAGUGCAUCUUGUGUAGUAGCUAGAACAAGAAAUGGGCAACUAAGACCUGGGUUUAUUCAGGAUCUUCCCCCAAAAUUUUAUACUUUUGGUUACCUUGCUAACCUCUCAGUUGACUUGUCUGCAUGCUGAAUAUAUUCUUUACUGAUCUCAUAAGGCUAUUGUGGAGCAAAUGGUUUCAAACAUCAAUCUCUAGAAGAAGGGUGAUAUGUAAGAAGCAUAUUCAGGUUCUUCAGCAAGCUGAUAGCUCUUUCAGUAUUGUGGAUUCAGCUUUUCAGUGUUAUGAACAGAUCUGGAGUGAAAAUGUUAGGUUAACUUCCAGUGUCCGUUUGCUGCCAAGUUUUCCAAAAUGAGUGUUUUGCCAGCUCCUAGAAAUAGAAAAUCUCAUCAAACUUUCUAUCUGGAGGAAUGUAUAUAAAUUGAGCACAAAUAUAUAUAGUCAUAGUAUAAAGCUAGCACAUUAAAUAAAUACAGUGUUUAAUAUGCAACAAGCAUACGUCAUGUUAGGUGAACUUGAAAAGGAUUACAUUGUUCAUAGGUUGUAAAUCAGGGUAUUUCAUCCUACUGAUGAAGUGGUAGGGAUCGAAGCACAAAAAUAUAUGGCAUGAUGGAAUGGUCUGCCUGAAGUUUCUAGUCUGAUCCAGGAGAGGUGGUUGGAUAGCAUUAGUAAGAAGAGUGAAAUUUUAUCAAACAGUGCCAACUGAUUUAUAUCUGGAGUUAAAAGGUAAAUAGAGUGUUUCAGUCAGGAACAAACUUGCACUGUCCCUCUCUGAAUCAAUUCUUUUGCUGCUUAAUGCUGAGGUUGAUGCAGAAGGUUCUUGAGUAGGGUAGAGCUUUCAUUAUCAUAAAUGCAUGUGAUGUUUAUAGUAAUGAAGGAUAGAGGAUGACAACAUUUGAGUGGUACGUGGCUUGUGAAAAGAGAGCUUUAAUUGCUGGCACAAGCACAAAAAUAAUGGAAAAAGCAGAUUACUUAUUUGGCAGCAAUUUUCUUUGGCAGCUUUCACAUGUAUAGUUACUGCCUUCAUGAUGGGGCUCUUAUUGGUUCCUGCAGUACAGCUGCAGUCCUGUUGCUGUGCAAGACUACAUUGUUAGAUCAAAGAUGUGGUACUAUGACUUCCCAGUAGCAUCCAUAAGGAAAAGGCAAACAAUGAGCAGGCUGAACCUUUUCUUUGUACAGGCAACAGGGGAUAAAGGUCACUUCUGCACUAUGCCACUAAGACAAACAUUUUUUUCCUUAUCCUUUAUCUGGCAUUUUGAAAGAACCAGCUCUCUGGUCUCAAUCUAGUUUCUAGUAAGCAGUUUUUCAGUAUUCCGAUUUGUUUUCUUUAUGUAAAAAGCAAAGGACAAAAUGGGCAUGAGAGAGCUACUGUUCCACGGUUAAACGUUUCCUUCAACUGACCAGGUGAUUGUGGAAAGUUACAUUGCCACUGUCCAGUGGAUACAUUGACAGCCUGAAAGUUGAAUCUUAUCUGACACCCUUUCCCAAAGAAUAGUGGUGAAAGAGAAGUGAAGUAUAAAGUUUUCCAAGUCCUGUUUUAAAAGUGUUGUUUAUGUAAUAUUAGUGAAUUAAUAUUUGAUUUACCUUGACAUUGUGUUUUCUUGUAAAACUGACACUUAGCUUUAGAAUGAUUGUAGCAAAUAUAAGAAUGCUGCCACCUCAGGACAGAAAUGUGUGUGAAUUUAACUACAGAUAUUGAAUUUAAAUCUCAUUAAUAGAUGUCAGCAUUCUUACCCAACUUUGUACAAUUCAAUCUGUAGUUUUAAUUCAAUUUUGGAAAAUACUGAAACAGAUUUCUACUGCACUAGAGAUUAGAUUAACCUUAUUGAACAGGGGUGUCUAAAAUGUAUGUUGUGGGAAAUAAUUUUAACUUCAUGUGACAAUAGGUGAGAUAAGGUUAAAUAUUUUCAUUUGCAGACCUGUGGACUCCUUAAAGGUUUCUUACUUGAUGAUCUUUUAAAAUGCCUGGUGCAUGAAUACAUUUGAAUACUUGCUGGUUUUUAAUUUUUUUUUUGUAAAUAUUUUACCAGCCCUUUUCACUGGGUGUCUAAUUUUAUGUAGGCUGAAAAACUACAUCCCAAAAUGUGCUAGAGCAGGACCUACCCUAUAACCUCCCAAGCAAGAAAUAGUAGCACCUAGAAGUGUUGUUGUUGUUAAAUGGUUAAAGGUCAUUCUACAUGUCCUACUUUUCACAUUAAGUAUGUUUCCUUACUCUUUAAGCCAGCGUAAAGGUUGAAGCUGUGACUGUGGUGCCAAAAAUAUCAAACCAUAUGUUUUUUAAAUCCUGCCUCUUCCUAAUGCACUGUUUUUUAAAAUUCAACUAUUUACUGAUCAUUUUGCUAAUGUGAUGCAUUUCACUUGCUUUUUAAACAGAUUUUCACCCAAACAUUUUUCAUGUGCUUAAAAUUUUGCUCCUUCUUUUGGUUGCAUCUAAAAAUUAGUCAGCUAUGUAUUGAUACCUUAAAGAGUAUGUGGCACACUGGGUGAGCGAAGCACCAUGUGGAACUAACUAAUAUAUUAAAAUGAAAAUUAGACUUUGACAUGUUAAGGAAAUAAAUAUGAAGUUAAUAUAUGAGAGAGAGAUUUAUAUGUGGUCGUGUAUCCUUAUGGAGUGAUAUACUGGAAUCUUCUUCACGAAGUUUUACAAUAUACAGCAUUGACUUCAGCACUUGCAUCUUUUGUCUAUAAUUAAAGUGUAAUAAUGUAAAUGGUAACCUGAAAAUUAAGUUAAAUUUUACAGUUGAAGAGCACACGGUGAUCUAUGUAAAAAAAAAAAUAUUAUCUUCACUUUGUGUAUCCUUUUUUUAAAGAGAAAGCACUUUCUUAUUAACAGCUAGCAUGUGAAUGAAUCUUAGAUUCUCAUGUUUGUAAUGGUCUGUAGAUUAAGUGAAAUUUAUCUUUAACCUAUAUGUUAAUGGAUAAUCUGAUUAUAAAAAUGUUGAAUUAAAGCACCUUAUUAUGCUGCUUAUAUUUGCUUGUAAUUGCACCUUUUGUUAUCUGCAUCUUUUUCUUCUUGAACAUUCUUGUGUGAUAAUAUUGUUCUCUGCAGGUCUGAGUGGAUAAUUAGCCAACUACAGCAUCAUUUAACUUUAUAUAGUUUAUAUUUCAAUAUGACUGACAUUGUAUUGUGAGUUCAGUGCUUCAAAAAUAAAUGCUACUUCCACUUGUC